CUUGAACUUUAUUUAAGUGGUAGAUUAUCGAUUUCUAGUACUUCAAACCACGGCAUGUCUGCAGAAAACCAGUUAGCCAUCGUGGAGGGGCAGUUUGAUGAUGCUCCUUGUGAGACCGCUAUCCGAGCCGUGGACGACCAGCAAGAUCCGCGCGCAGGCAGAUACUUCAUUGACGACGAACACCUUCUCUCAUGGUCUGACGAGAGCUCGGAAGAUGAUGACGGAGACGAGCUAAACGAAGAUGACUUUGAAGAUGUCAGAGCAGAUGAUGAAGAUUGGGAGGUUGCAGAACGAGAUUUUACCAAACAAUAUAACCGGCUUCGGCAGCAUGUCGCUGUACGCACUGGCAACGCACAGGGAACCCCAUCCUCCAUUAAUCGUGCAGCUGUCGUUGCACCUCUUCCUGCGGUAAAUAAGCCACGCAGCCUGAAUGCAGUUCCUGCACAUGCAAAGGACAAAACUACCAAUCAACUAGCUGUUCUCUCGAAGUACUCGUCUCGCAUUGCUAAAAUUGAUCAACCGUACGUCAUGGGCGCCAGCGUGAACAGAAAAGGUCCUAGUUCAUAUGCGAAUGCGAAGGACAAGUCAGAUCGCGCCACAUCUGAGCAAGUACUUGACCCCCGCACUCGGAUCAUCCUUUUCAAGAUGAUCGGACGAGAACUCAUCCAGGAGGUGAAUGGAUGUGUUAGUACAGGAAAGGAGGCAAAUGUUUAUCAUGCUCUCACCCCCACCUCCACGCAUAUUGCCCUCAAAAUAUACAAGACAUCAAUCCUUGUGUUCAAGGACCGCGAUCGUUAUGUGACAGGCGAGUAUCGCUUCAGACGCGGCUAUAGUAGACGCAAUCCACGCAAGAUGGUACGUCUGUGGGCGGAGAAGGAAAUGCGCAAUCUCAAGAGACUUGUGUCCGCCGGGAUACCAUGCCCCGAGCCCAUCGAGGUCCGGGAAAAUAUCUUGGUAAUGGGUUUUCUUGGUGAUGAGGAGGGCUGGGCAUCUCCUCGCUUAAAGGACGCCGACAUCCCCUCUGCAUUAUACCCAGCAUUGUACGAAGAGCUCAUUCUCAAUGUCCGGAAGAUGUACCACACUUGCAAACUUGUUCAUGCCGAUCUUUCCGAAUACAAUAUUCUCUUUCACGGUGGACAUCUCUGCAUUAUCGACGUCUCGCAAUCUGUAGAGCACGAUCACCCCAGCGCGUUCGACUUCCUGAGGAGCGAUAUCAAGAAUAUCGAGGACUUUUUCGAGAGGUUCGGGGUAAAGUGCCUGGGUUUGAGGCGAUGCUUCGAUUUCAUCACGAGAGUGCACGUAGUCGAGGAGGGGCAGGACGAGGGAUCCGCUUUGAAGCACUGGCUAGCAGAAGCCGACAAAGAACAACAAAGCCCCCCAUCUAUGGACGGAAGCACUAACAAUAUCAUCUCCUUAUCGAACACAUCAGCUACUCAUGAAGACAAUAUUUUCCUUCAGUCAUAUAUCCCCCGCACGCUGAACGAGGUAUACGACGCUGAACGCGACGUGGAGGUUUUGACGAAGGGUGAUGGGAAAAAUUUGAUUUACGCAGAAACCAUUGGUUUGACGCAUCCCACCUCUGGUGUGAGUCAGGAAGGCGAAGUCAGGCCACAUGUGCGAUUCAAGGGCGAGGGAUCUUCAGAGGAUGGGGGCCUCGUUGACGAAGGCGAGUACACGAGCGAUAGCGAGGAAGAAGGGAGUGGAGAGCCUGAGGCAGCUGAGGUGAGCAAGGACACCUUCGACCCUCGCACACCUAGGGGCCACAGGCACGAAGAUCGGGAGGCCAAGAAGGAACGCAAAAAAGCUGUCAAAACCGAAGCACGUGAGAAGCGGAAAACUAAAAUCCCCAAGGCUGAGAAGAAGCGCAAAACAAAAAGCUCGCGAGCACACUAAAAGGACCCUUGGCUAUAUCCCUUCA